AUGGGAGGUCUGCGCUGUAUAUUUGUUUUGGCGUGCGCGUAUUUCGUUCAUCGAGCCGAUGGACGCAAAACAUACAGGGACAUGUUCCCUCACAAACAUCCCGGACCAGGGAAGCUUCCCUUUCCAAUCCCAGAUAUCCCAGGAUGGGAUCCUGACAGCAAGUCGUGGGACGAUUACCUCUACCCACCGUUUGGCCCUAAACCAAAGGAGCUCACGCACAGAAAAGGCAAACCGCUCAAAGUUCAGCUGACCAGCGACAGUCCUGCUAUCAACGGGUCCUCCAUCUCCUUCACUGCAAAGCUGCAGUACCCGCCGUGCCAGAAAGAGGAUGCCAAUGGGGACCUAGUGUGGGAUGAACACUGUGACGAUGCCAAUGGACAGGUGCACUCCGGCUAUGUGUACAAUUGGACUUCUUGGCUGGACGACUACGGCUUUGGGAAGUGUCCGGACCCAAAGAGAUGCAAUGUGUUCCCUGAUGGGAAGCCCUUUCCUCAAAGCAAUGAAUGGAGACGCAAAUCCUACGUCUAUGUGUGGCACACCAUGGGUCAGUACUUUGAAACAUGCGAUGGCUCCUCCUCCAGUCUGACCCUAAACACCACCAACUUCCCUCUUGGGGGAGAGGUAAUAGAGGUCAUGGUCUACAAGAAACGUGAGCGGAGGAAGUACAGCCCCCUUGCCACUGACAACGCCGUCUUCUUCGUAACAGAUAAGAUCCCGCUGGCAGUUAACAUUUCCCAGAAGACUGCGGCCAACUUGUCCGCAAAUGUCUUUUACAAUGACGAGGAAAUCGUUUUCCUCGUCGAGCCACAUGACCCCAGUGGCUACCUCAAGACCGCUGCCUUCGUCAACUACAUCUGGGACUUCAGAGAUGGCAACCACCUGGUCACACAUAGAAAGGUAGCAACGCAUGCUUACAGCACUCUGGGAAGUAUCAGCGUGAAGCUGAUGGUCGAGGCUGGGUUCCCUGCUGAGUGCCCACCUCCAUCUACCACCCCAUCUUCCAAGACUUCCACAAGUUUACCUGCUACCCAUGCUGUCACCAGCAAAGUAGAGACCACAAAGGUCCCAUCCAGCACCUGGCAGCCCAACUCUACCACUACUCCCGUGGCCAUUACAACAGGACAGCCAACCACAGAGUCCCUCCCACCUACAGUCACUGAUGUGAUGACAGAAUUCAGCCCCGCCACCAAAGCCUUGCUCCGCAACAGGCGACAGGUGGCCGACAGCGAGUGUUACCGCUAUAUCUAUGGAAACUUUGUGGGUGAUAUCACAAUUAUUGAACGAAAGCAUGCGCUGAACAAUAAACCCGCAAGUCAGAUUGUGGAUGUGUCUGCUGCCAAGGUGACCAACAGCGACAUCAGCUUCCUGGUCAAAUGCAUCGGCAGCACUCCAACUUCAGCCUGCACCAUCGUGUCAGACUCCGGCUGUAACAAGGUCCGUAACAUCAUGUGUGAUGACGUGCUGCCGGCGUCUGGCUGCGAGGUGUAUCUCAGACGGACGUUUUCGGAGCCGGGCACCUAUUGCGUCAACAUCACGCUGGAGGAUUCCAGCAGCCUAGCCGUGGCCAGCACCACCAUCACCAUCAGCAAGACGCAGGAAGUCACAUCUGCCUCCAAGACUUCUCAGGCCGCGGAGGUAGUCCUCUCCUCCAGUGCUGUGCUAGGGGCUGUGUUUGCAAUCAUCGCCUACCUGGUCUACAAGCGCUACAAAGUGUACCGGCCCGUACGUAGGUCCUUGCUGGAGGAUGGCAGCAGCAGAGGAUGCAUGAGCCGCCUGAGAGAAGUACUCUUCGCCAUCAAUGAGGAGAGUCGUCACCUCUUAACCCACAGACGUCCCCUGUAG